CCCUCCUCCUACUUCCACCCCCCUCCACCCCCCUCCACCCCAUCCUCUCUGCCCCUCAGCAUCCCCGCUCCUCCCGCUGCGGCCAGCUCUAAGAUGCCCCGCUAUGAACUGGCUUUGAUCCUGAAAGCCAUGCAGAGGGGUUGGUACAGUAGGCCUCACUAAACUUAGCUGCAACUAAGAAUUUCUCCUACAUCAACUGAGUUAAGGCUGAUGCUCUUGUGGAAUGUGGAUUAAAAGUGCGUGCUAAGUUCCAAAUUUCCAUUUGAGAAGCGGAGAAAGUAAAUGUACCACAACCACCAGCAUCAGGACAGCAAACCAAGGGACAAAGAAUUUGAUCCACAGUGUUGAUAUAUGUUAACUGGUGCACGUGUUGCUUAAAGACGUUUGCUGGGGGGCGAGAAGUGGACGUCAGCUGUGCGAAGUCAUUUUGUUUACAAAAAUGAGGGCUUCUUUGGAAACAGCAGACAUUGCCAUUGUGGCACUGUACUUCGUGCUUGUAAUGUGCAUAGGUUUUUUUGCCAUGUGGAAAUACAAUCGGAGCACCGUAAGUGGCUACUUUCUGGCAGGGCGUUCUAUGACCUGGGUAGCUAUUGGUGCAUCUUUAUUUGUGAGCAAUAUUGGAAGUGAACAUUUCAUUGGGCUCGCAGGAUCUGGAGCGGCAAGUGGAUUUGCAGUAGGUGCAUGGGAAUUCAACGCCUUAAUGCUUUUGCAGCUUUUAGGAUGGGUCUUCGUCCCAGUCUACAUCCGGUCAGGAGUGUACACCAUGCCUGAAUACUUGUCCAAGCGUUUUGGAGGGCAUAGAAUUCAAAUAUAUUUUGCAGCGUUGUCUCUAAUUCUUUAUAUCUUCACCAAACUCUCAGUUGACUUGUAUUCAGGGGCACUUUUUAUUCAAGAAUCGCUAGGUUGGAACCUCUAUCUGUCAGUUAUCCUCCUUAUUGGAAUGACUGCACUGUUGACUGUGACUGGAGGUCUUGUGGCUGUCAUCUACACAGACACCCUUCAAGCUCUGCUUAUGAUUAUUGGUGCCCUCACACUUAUGAUCAUAAGUAUUACUGAGGUUGGUGGGUUUGAAGAAGUUAAAAGAAGGUACAUGUUAGCGUCACCAAAUAUUACGUCUAUCUUGUUAACCUACAACAUUUCCAAUACCAAUUCCUGCAAUGUCAACCCAAAGCCUGAUGCUCUUAAAAUGUUGCGUGAGCCAACAGAUGAAGAUAUUCCUUGGCCUGGAUUUCUGUUGGGACAGACCCCAGCUUCUGUCUGGUACUGGUGUGCUGAUCAAGUCAUAGUUCAGAGAGUUUUAGCUGCAAAAAACAUUGCGCAUGCCAAAGGAUCCACUCUGAUGGCAGGCUUCUUAAAGUUGCUGCCGAUGUUUAUUAUAGUUGUCCCAGGGAUGAUUUCACGAAUACUAUUUGCAGAUGAUAUCGCCUGCAUUAAUCCGGAACACUGUUUUCAAGUCUGCGGGAGCAGAGCUGGAUGCUCUAACAUUGCCUACCCACGUUUGGUGAUGAAACUUGUGCCGGUUGGUCUGCGGGGACUGAUGAUGGCUGUGAUGAUCGCUGCACUGAUGAGUGACUUGGACUCGAUAUUUAACAGUGCCAGCACUAUAUUCACACUUGAUGUCUACAAACUCAUUCGGAAGAGUGCGACGUCUAGAGAACUGAUGAUUGUAGGAAGAGUCUUUGUUGCGUUCAUGGUAGUUAUAAGCAUUGCCUGGGUCCCAAUAAUUGUAGAGAUGCAAGGUGGUCAGAUGUACCUUUAUAUUCAAGAGGUAGCGGACUAUUUGACCCCACCGGUGGCUGCUCUGUUUCUUAUGGGUAUCUUUUGGAAACGUUGCAAUGAGCAGGGGGCUUUCUAUGGUGGAAUGGCCGGGUUUGUUCUUGGAGCUAUACGGUUGAUACUGGCAUUUAUCUAUCGUGCUCCGGAGUGUAACCAGCCGGAUACUAGGCCAAGCUUUAUCAAAAACAUCCAUUACAUGUAUGUUGCAACAGCUCUGUUCUGGAUCACUGGGAUUGUGACCUUUGUAGUAAGCCUUCUCACUCCUCCGCCUACAAAAGAGCAGGUUCGGACAACCACUUUCUGGGCCGUGAAAAACAGGAACGUGAAAGAGAAUGCUGCAAAGGGGGAGCUGUACAAAGUGCAAGAAAAGAGCAUCCUCAAGUGCAAUGAAAACACUAACCAUAUCAUUCCAAACGGCAGAUCGGAAGAAAAUAUUAAAAAUAUUAAGCCGGAGGAUAUCAAUCUCCUGGUUACUUGCAGAGAUGACAGCAACCCGGUGAUUUCUGUGAGUCACUCUGAAGUAGAGACACCAGUUGAUUGUUAUUCGAACGGACAAGCAGCUUUGAUGGGGGAGAAAAAGCAUGAGGAAGAGACUGAUGAUAGAGAAAGACAUUUGAAAUUCAUAGAUUGGUUCUGUGGCUUUAAAAGUAAAAACAUGAACAAGAGAGCUGUUCGGGAGAUGGAGGAAGAGACUGUUUGUUUACAAAUGCUGGAAGAGACUCCAAAAGUUAAACUAUUACUAAAUACUGGACUGGUCUGUGUCUGUUCGCUUGGAAUAUUCAUGUUUGUCUAUUUCUCUUUGUGAGUAAAUAGUGAACUUUUAAGGGUAUGGCUAAACAUACAGAAGUUGAUACAGGUCUCUGGAGAUUUUAUUUGUUUGUUUUUUGUUUUAUUUGAUUUUUUUAGAAGUCUUUCUUUUCAAAUAACAUAACCACAACCCAGGCAUUGUUUACGCUAUAAUAGUAAGAUCAACUCAACUUUAACCUAUUUAGAGACCAUAUGAGACAUGUUGUCCUAUUUCUGCUGAAGGCAGAACAUGUCGUGUGGUGUCUUUUCUCUUUUCCCUUUUGUCUUUUUUUUGUGGUUUUUUUUUCCAUUUGCAGUACUAACCUUUUGUUUUUCCAUGUAUACAUGUAUAAAUAUACCAAAGGCAAGCAGGUGGUUGUGUUUGAAGUCAGGCAGUUACAAAGCUGAGUGAGUGUUGAGGUGGAGAUAAGUAAUCAUUUACUGAUGUGUAAAAUCUAAAUGAUUAAAAAACUGUAUUGAAAGAUUUUUAAAUGUAAGGUUCUGAUGCACAUUGCUGUUUAGUUGUUCUUUUUAACAUACCUGUAUUACCUCAGCCAUCUUAGCAGUUCUUGAUGUUGCUCACUGCAUUUGGGUUUUUCAGUUUCUCAUUUCUCUUACGGCAACAACAGGAAGAUACUGCGUCUCUUCUUGUAGUGCUUAAGACAUGAUAGCUGUUAGUAGAUUUCUGCCUUUUUUUUUUUUCUCUGUAAGAAAAUUUCUUUCGAUUUUAUGCACUGUAAAUUCCAUUACUGAAAAGUUACUGUAUUAAAAAAAAGAGGGAAAAAAACCCCAAACC